GGCGGGUGUCGCAAAGCAUGGAACAUGCUUCACUCAGCUCCAAAAACGGUUGGCGGAUUGUCUCGGAUCAAUCCGAACCUCGGAGACGACGUCGUUGUCCGGAACUCAGUGCCUUCGGGGAAGCGAGACGACAACAUACCACGGGUCCGGCAGCGACAAGCUGGAACCGUGUUCCGUUUCGCCUCCAAAGGAAGUUGGAUUAAUCCGAACCGCGAAGGCCGUGCCAUCGAGGGAGCACAGCUGUCUACAAAACUCGAACGGGUGGUCCGUGUUUCCGAAAACCCUGGCGACGAAAUUCGGAUUUAUCCGAAACAGGAAGUCGUGUCUGCCAUGACAGACGAUCGGUGUCAGGAUGCAUUAAUGCUGUGCGUGGAAGCCCACAAUGAGCUGCAGGCGGACUGUCCGACUGAGGGUGAGUUGGCGACCAGUUCCAAUGUCGAGCCCAACACACUCGGAGCCGAGUUAGCAGUCGUAAGUGACUUCCCGGUGAAAGCGGUCAUGUCGGCGUCAUUGAAAACUGCGGGGGCUCGGAUGAAUCCGAACCAGGGCCCUGUGAACAUGUCCCUCCCUGAUGCAUCUUUGGAGACGACCGUGAUUCGGAUUCAUCCGAGGCACACGGACGAAGGACUUCAACUGGCAGGCGUUGAGGGUUGUCGACUACUGACGACUUUGGACAAGGACAAUUCCGCCGAUGACCGGAUUGAUCCGACACUCAGCGACGUCGAGAUGGAGCUACCAGUUCAGCCGGGAUAUGACGAUCCCUUGUACUCCGCCCUUCACAACGAGGCGAUGGGGGAGGACGUUCUGAAGAAGGCCUCUGACGCUGUCGAAGAUAGAUUUCUCUAUUUGAGUGACGACGACAAAGACACAGCGUACGGGGACAAGAAGUUAAGGGGGGGAGAGGUGUUGUUGGACAUCCAUGAGACAUUGAGCCCAACACAAUACGACAGAAUGGCAAUGGAGAAAACACAACCUGUCAAAGUUGUGGACGUCGACGCUCUUUGUCCGGAGACAAAUAUACCGUCUACAGUCAUCGACGCCGACAUCUCGAGCCUGUCAAGUUUCCCUGUGGGUUUGGAGCACGUCGUCGCUGCGUCGACGCGCGCAGGGGUGCCAAUCGUGCUGGGACUGYCGUMGGUGGGCUCUGGUGAAGUGGUAGCUAGGCCUGGUAAGCACUGACUUUCUCUGCUUUCUUCCCGCUCGUCAGCCCGUUCGUGAA